AUGACGGAGUACCAAAGAUGAGGCCAAACGGUGGCGUUAACAUUAUUAGGACCACCACCUGAACCUCUCACGUUGGAUGUUCAAGAAAUUUUACAAAUGCGAGCUCAUGAAAGCAAACCAGUUAUCACUGAACCUACAUUUAUUGAGAACGAGCGAAAAGAAGAAUGGAAACGAAAACGUGUGAAAAUUAUUAGGCAAAUGUUAGAAGAGGAACGUCGACAUGUUGAA